AUGGAGUCGGGCCAUUCGUAUCUAGAAGCGGAUUCGAUGCAUGCAUGCAUUGAACGGGCAAAAAAGCACAAAACAAUUUAUACAACACGGAAAUGGUCACUAUUGAUUCAGAUGGCAAGAAUAAAACCGCAAUCUUACAUCGUUAAUGUAAAUACAUAUAAAGAUUUUUAUGAUUUUCAAAGUAUGGCAUCUGGAACUAAUUGGAACCGUAAUAUAGAAGGUAUUAGUGAUAAAAUGAAAUGGCUAAAAAUAAAAUGGAUCCGUUUUGAAAAAUCAAAACCAUUUAUGGUACAAUUCAAAUAUAAUUUAUCCGAUGAAAAAUUUAUGGAACUUAAUGUAAUGCCAAAUACUCCUAAAAAGACACCAAAAAAUACAAAAGCAAUAGUUUUGAAAAAAAUACAGAAGUACAAUAAUCAAAUUCCAGUUUCUGAUGCAAAAAAAAGUGACCUACUAAGCUUGUUGAAAAGCGGUGUUAUUCCAAAGGAAUAUGACUCAUUUUACAAUAGUAUUCCAACUACAAAAAAUAAAAAACACACAAUUCCAUAG